AAUUUUUAUCUCCUCACGGUGCUACAAAUCACUAAAAAUGUGUAAAGAUUAAAAGCCGGUAUGCUCAUCAAAAGAAAGGAGGUCAAGAAAUAGCUUUACGAACGGCAGAACAAAAGAGAGGGAACGUUUCUUGGGGCUUUUCUUCACCCUCUCUGGCUUGCUAUCGCGCUGUUUCACGCAAAUCGACCCCACUUCAACAGGCAACUUUUUUCCGAUUUCGUAUGAAUUGGCAGAGAAUAACCCAAGUUCAUUUAAAACAAAACGAUUAACCGAGAUCGAGAAUCUUACCCAAUCGAUUCUUGAACAUAUCGAAUUUGUGCCUUUACAGUAUCGGCUACUACGGUUCGAUGAAUUUGUGAUUGCAAUUUGUAGAUAUAAUCCAUUCAAUGAAUAAACACUAAUCUUUAUUGGUAUUCGUGCAAGAGGUUCAGGCAAUCUAAUGCGCACUAUUCUCUCAUUUCAAUUUGGUUAAUUUAUCCUCGCUCGGCCUUCCAUUGUGGGUGUAGGAUUAAAAAUCCGUUCGUCGAAAUUUUACAAAUAUGGCGGAACUAUGUGUACAACACUGAAUGUAGCAACUAAAAGACGACUUCAAGUGAAUGAGCAAAACAGUACACUUUAGUUCGUCACAUAAAAGAUUAGUUCCCUUUGUAGAGGUGCACACGCACUGCGGGGGAUACAUCUGAACGUAUAAGAGUCUUGUUCUGGUCUGAAUAUCAUAAAUUAUCAUUAAUCUUGUUCAAAUAUUUACUAAAGAUACGAGGAACCUUUGCAUUCUGCACCUUUUAUAGACCUGAUCUUUAUUUAUUUAAAAGCAGCAUUUCUUCUGAAACGUAAAGAAAACAGUUACCCUAGGAUUCAAGAAACCUUCCUGAAAUCCCAUCCAAGAUUUGCAAUGGCAUUUUAUCUGUUGACCAGAAAGAUUUACUCCAGCUUAUCCAACUGUUGCUGGAAAGAUCCUUUGCUCUGUCUUUCCCUUUCCGUAUUUUACGGUUUGUUUCAGCGACAUCUUGAAGCUUGAAGUUGAAAUGGAACCAUGUGGAACGGAUCAUUCGAAAAAAGUCACAAGAAAAUGUGUAACGUUCGACGAAGCGCUGGUGUUGACAAAGUUCGGUAUCUUCAACUACACCUUGAUACUGGUAUGCGGGCUGAUCUUGGCGGUAGCGAUGCUUGAGAUUCUGAGCAUCAGCUACAUUAUAGCGGUUGCCGAGUGCGACUUGAACUUGUCGACGCGGGAAAAGGGCAUUCUCAGCGCGGUCGUGUUUGUCGGAAUUAUCGUCAGUUCGCACCUGUGGGGCUUCCUGGCGGAUACGCAGGGUCGCCGGAAGGUGAUCAUUCCAACGCUGUGUCUAGCGUUCACAUCGACCGUAUGCUCCAGUUUCAUGACGAGCUUUUGGUGGAUCACCGUGUUUCGCUUCAUGACGGGGUUUUUAAUUUCCGGUGCCUCCGCUCCUGUCUACGCGUAUCUUGGUGAGUUCCACUGUCAUGCCAGUAGAUCUCGGGCCAUCAUGGGAGCAUCGUUCGUCGUAGGAGUUAGUUGUCUGUUUCUACCCGUGGUGGCAUUUCUGGUUAUCGAUCAAAGUUGGACGUUCACGAUCCCGCUGCUCGACAUACAAUACCGUCCCUGGCGUUUGUUCCUGGUCGUUUGUGGACUACCCGGGAUCGUUGGUGCUCUGGCUAUGACGAGGUUCCCCGAGGCACCCAAAUUCGUGUUUGAUCACGGUGAUAAGACGAAGACGCUUGAAAUAGUUCAGUGGAUGCAUCGUAUCAAUACGUUUGGAAAGCAACCAGUGCUUGAACUCGAACUCCUGGACGAAGAGUCGGAAUCCGAUCCCGACAAGGUAAACUACUCCGCGAUCAGUGUAUCCGACGGAUGCUCCGCCGUAGCCAGGAAGAUCUGGGACCAAACGGCUCCGCUGUUUAUGAAGCCCUACCUCGGAAAAACUGCUUUAGUUUGUAGUCUGCAGUUUGGAACGUACGUGUCCGCGUACGGGAUGUACAUGUUCUUUCCGGGAAUCUUGGAUCAACUAGUUGACGCGCAGGAAGUGGGUCUCAACCAGACCACUCUCUGUGAGAUUGUCUACUCCCGGUUCGAUCUGAUCGUCAACGAAGGAAGCCAGCAGAACUGUAACGGAUCGCUAGCCAUGACCACCUACGGGUAUUCCUUCGUGUUGGACUUUAUCUACAUGCUCGGAGUUGCGCUCAUUGCCACGAUCAUCAGCUACGUGGGAAGAUUGCCGAUUUUGGUGUUCAUCUUCACGUGUAGUGGGAUCGCGGGUAUUCUGGUUACUUUUGUGACCGUUCCGGUGGCUUCCAUGUGGCUGUACAUGGUGCACCUGCUGAGCUGUUGCGCUAUGGGAGUCAUCAAUGCCGUAGCUGUGGAUCUGUUUCCCACCCAUUUGAGAGCGAUGGCCGUCAGCGUUUCUCUGAUGUUUGGGCAGCUGGGUAGUGUCUUUGGAACAAACAUGAACGGACUGUUGCUGGACAGUCACUGUGAGCUGUCGUUCUGGACUUCCGGUAGCAUGAUGCUAGUUUGCACCGGGAUGGCGUUCUUCAUUCCGCGGGUUCUUAAACGUAAGGAAGCUGUUGAGGCGUAAGGUUUGAAGUAAAUGCAAAAUAAACAAAGUUUUGUACUGUU